CGCGACGUCAGAGCUGACGUGCACAACAAUAGCAGACCGUGGGUGUUUGUGUGUGAGCGGAUCAAUCAGCCGAUCACAGAUCGGUCAGGAUGUCGUUUCAGACCAAGAAGAGCAGCGCGAGACCCGCGGGCGACCAUCUCAUCAUCAAAGGAGGAAAGAUCGUCAAUGAUGAUCAGUCAUUCUAUGCUGACGUCUAUAUUGAGGAUGGGACCAUCAAACAGAUUGGUGAGAACCUGAUUGUUCCGCCUGGCGUGAAGACGGUAGAUGCAUACGGUCAGCUGGUGAUCCCCGGAGGGAUCGACGCCAAUACUAAUCUUCAGGCUCCACAGAACGGCCUGAAACCAGCUGAUGACUUCUACCACGGAACCAGAGCCGCCUUAUCUGGAGGAACCACCAUGAUCAUGGACCAUGUGCUGGUGGAGCCAGGGACUAGUUUAUUGUCAGCAUUUGAUCAGUGGAAGGAGAUGGCUGAGCAGAGGGCCUGCUGUGACUUCUCCCUUCACCUGGACAUCACCCGCUGGAACGAUGGACUGUACGAGGAGCUGGAGACACUUGUCAAAGAUAAAGGAGUGAACUCCUUCCUGUUCUUCAUGACCUACAAAGACAAAUACCAGAGCUCCGACUCUCAGCUCUACGAGGCUUUUGGUGUCUUACGGGAUCUUGGAGCCAUUGCACAGGUCCAUGCUGAGAACGGGGACAUCAUUGAUGAGGAACAGAAGAAGCUUCUCAACCUCGGCAUCACUGGACCUGAAGGACAUGUGUUGUCUCAUCCUGAAGAGGUGGAGACGGAGGCAGUCUAUCGGGCCAUCACCAUCGCCAAACAGGCCAACUGUCCACUGUACAUUACCAAGGUGAUGAGCAAAUCUGCUGCUGAUGUCAUUGCCAAAGCCAGGAAGAAAGGUAUGGUGGUGUAUGGGGAGCCUAUUACAGCCAGCCUGGCUACUGACGGCUCUCACUAUUGGUCCAAAGACUGGGCCAAAGCUGCUGCCUUCGUCAUGAGCCCACCUCUCAACCCUGACCCUUCAACUCCACAAUACCUGACCUCCCUGUUGGCAUGUGGAGAUCUCCAGGUGACAUCCAGUGCUCAGGCCAGUUUUUCCACAGCUCAGAAAGCUGUCGGUAAAGACGACUUCACUCUGAUCCCAGAGGGAACCAAUGGGAUUGAGGAGAGGAUGUCUGUGGUGUGGGACAGAGCUGUGUCUACAGGGAAGCUGGAUGAGAACGACUUUGUUGCUGUGACGAGCACCAACGCUGCUAAACUCUUCAACAUUUACCCACGCAAAGGACGGAUCGCUGUUGGAUCAGAUGCCGAUAUCGUUGUGUGGAACCCAAAGGAGACGCAAACUGUUUCUGCAAAGACUCACAACCUGACAGUGGAGGUGAACAUCUUGGAGGGUUUGGAGUUUCGAGGCGUUGCAUCAGUGGUGAUCAGUGGCGGUCAUGUUGUUUUUGAGGAUGGUAAACUGAACUCGACUGAGGGCUCAGGACGCUUUAUCGCCAGGAAGGCUUUCCCCGACGCAGUUUACAAAAGGAUCAGAGCCCGCAGCAAGAUGGCCGAAGCUCGUGGCAUUCCCCGUGGAAACUAUGAUGGUCCGGUCCAUGAUGUUAUCAGCAUGACUAAAUCGGUCCCACCCACUCCAACCUCCAGGGGCACCCCAUGUCCAAAAAGCCAGACUGGUUCCCGAAACCUCCACCAAUCAGGAUUCACCCUGGCUGGAGCUCAGGUUGACGACCACAUACCUCGGCGCUCAACUCAGAGGAUUGUGGCGCCACCUGAUGCACUGGAGCCAACAUGGAGGAUAUGCACUCCUGCAUAUGAGGAGGGGUUGCUCUGGCAACAGUGCAUCUGUUGUGGUUGUUGUUGUUCCUGUAGUGAAUGUAAAACUACUUCCAGAGAGCUGCAUGAAUAAACUGUGAAGACAAA